AUGGAGGGACCGCGCUCGCUGAGCUUUCCGGGCUGGCUGGCGGGAGGCAGCGCUGGGGUGCACUACCACCUGAGGUUCGACCUGCGGCUGGAGGAGCCCGACUGCCGGUUCUUUGGCGAGGAGAGGCUCGAGUUUGAGGUCCAGCAGGAGGGGGUGCAGCAGGUGACGCUCAACUGCCGCGAGCUCAACGUGCGCGAGGCCUUCGUGGGCCAGCCCCACCUCCAGGCCGGAGCCGAGCCACGUCGGGCCACCAUCGAGCCGCACCCCAACACAGAGAGCGUCACCCUUCACCUCUCCGAGCCGUUGGAGUUGGGCAAGGCGUGGCUGGUGCUGCGCUUUGAUGGUGUCAUUAGUGAGAUCAUGACCGGUGUCUACAGGUACCGCAUGUCGCUCGAGGACGGAGACAGCUUCAACAUGGCCAUCACCCAGCUGUGCACCACCAGCGCCCGAGCGGUGUUCCCGUGCUUCGAUCAUCCCUCGGCCAAGGCGCUCUUCACCGUCACCUUGUCGUUCCCAUCAUCCUUGGAGGCGCAUGCCAACAUGCCGGCCGUCGAGGAGAGCCAAAGCAACGGAGUCAAGACGGUCAGGUUUGACACGUCGCCGCUCAUGUCGACCUACUUGCUGGCCUUCGUGGUGGGCCGCUUCGACGUGGUCGAAGACACCGUCGACUCUGUUCGGGUGCUGGCUCCGCCUGGCCAGGGAGCCAAAGGUCGCUACGCUUUGGGCAUGGCCACGCGCACGCUCGAGUACUACAACCAUUACUAUGGCAUUGCGUACCCAUUGCCCAAGCUCGACCUGGUCUCGAUUCCCAACCUGGCCUGCGGCGCGAUGGAGAACUGGGGCCUGAUCACCUAUCGGGCCGAGUACCUGCUGCUCGACGAAGCGACCGCUUCCCUGUCCCAGACCCAGCUCGUGACGUACCUGGUUUGCCACGAGGUACAGCCAGCCCUGCCACUUUGGAAUUCGAUCAAUGCUACAGCCAUGCGCGGCCUGUGGCAGAUUGCACACAUGUGGUUCGGCAACCUGGUGACCAUGGCCUGGUGGAACGAGGUCUGGCUGAACGAGGGCUUUGCCACCUACUUGGGCAAGGCAGCCGUGGUUCACCUCCACCAAAACUCGAACAUCUGGGUCGACUUCCUGAGUCGCUACACCUGCACGGCGUUCCAGCUCGACGCGCUGGACAGCGCUCACCCCCUCAGAUUCGAGGUGACGGACGAGAGCGGCAUAGACGGGUUCUUCGAUGACAUCUCCUACAACAAGGGGGCCAGCGUCAUCCGCAUGCUGGUGGAUUACAUCGGCGAGGACACAUUCAGACAGGGACUCAACCUGUAUCUGACUCGCCACCAGUACCGCAAUGCAACCACCGCCGAUCUAUGGCAGGCGCUCAGCGAGAAAUCGGGCAUCGACCUGGCGGCGUUUAUGGACGCGUGGAUCAACCGCAAGGGCUUCCCGCUUGUGAGUCUGAGCGAGCACACCGACGACGACCACAACUACGCCGACGACCACCACGAGCUCUACGUCAUCGACCAGACUACGUUCGCCGCCGCCAAGUCCUGCGGAGACGAGUCAACGACGAGGACGACGGGCUGGCGAGUGCCGGUGCGGCUGGCGGCACUGGCGCACGACGACUCGCGCGAGGAACGCUUCUUCCUGCUCGAGCAGCCGCGUCAGGUGGUCAAGCUGCCCCGAAAGCCGGGCGGCUACCGGCACGUCAAGCUGAACGCCGGACACAAGGGCUACUACCGCACCACCUACUCCACUCUCCUUGCCGAACGGCUGUUCGCCAACAUCAGCAGGCAAGUGCUGCCUCCGAUCGAUCGUCUGGGCCUGUGCGACGACUUGUUUUCGCAGGCCCUGUCCGGCAUCCUCCCCUACCACCGAGCCCUCCAAAUCAUCCCCCAUUUCGAAGAUGAGAACGACCUGUUGGUGCUGAACAACCUGACGACCAACCUCCGCAAGCUGUCCGCCCUCCUGCUGGGCGAGCCCUACUACCCCGCCUACCAGCGCUUCCUCAGGCGCUGCUUUGCGGCACACGCGCAGCGGCUCGGAUGGGACGCCAAACCGGAGGAGGACACCUUUGCCGCGAACUUGCGGGCGACGGUGCUGUCUGAGCUCGGGGCCAACGGUGACGAAACGGUGAUCGCCGAAGCCCAGAAGCGGUUUGCGCUUCACACCAGCGGCACCGCGCUGCUGCCCGCCGAGAGCCGGCCUUUCGUCUUUGGUCUCGUGGCAGCCGAGGGCGGCGAGGAAGAGUACGCGGCGUUGACGAAGUACUACAAGGACCCGGCCCAUGAGGACCACCACAGGGCUCUUUCCGCACUGGCCACCACGCGCAAGCCUCCACUGAUCGCCCGCACCCUGGACAUGCUGUUCAACGGUGAGGUACGGGCGCAGGACAUGUCCACUGUGCUGGCGGCGCUCUGCUCGCACCCGGUUGGCCGCCGACAGGCCUGGGCGUGGCUCAAGGCCAACUGGGAUCAGUUCAACCAGCGGUUCAGCAAGGGCGUGUUCGUGUACUAUGGGGCCUUCGACGCGCUCCUGCAGGGCAUCGCCAGCGCCGAGGAGCUCCAGGACGCGCAGGCCUUCUUUGCCGCCCGGACCUUCCCCGCAGCCCAGCAGAAGGUCGCCCAGGUACAUUGA